AUGACGGUCUCGACGGCACCUGCUCUCCUUCUUGGUAUAGGUGCUCGCAUUCUACUGGACCAAUUCACGCGCUCGGAUGAGCCGUCGUUGCAGGCCUCUAUUUUGGUGGGCGUUUGGCAGGGCGUUGCGCUUUGGUACGCCUUCAAGGAGCAUAACCUCGGCAUCCCAGUCGCCUUUGGCAUCGCUGCAAAGGUUUUUGUCGAAUUUUCGUUCACCCAGGAUAUUACGAAGCCCAUUGUUACCCUGGUCGGUGUCGCGCUUGGACUCAUCUGUACAGAAAUACUGUCAGGAGUCUUCGACAAGCCAAAAGAAAAACGUAGCAAGAAGAUUCAUUCUACACUUGCAAAUGGCCACACGACCCAGGAUCGCGACCGGGAGCGUUCUUCACGUCAUCGUCGCAGAACCACCGAGCGAGAUCCCCAACGCCAUCACACAUCCAGACGCACCACGUCCGACAUAACUUCCGUCGAUUCCAAUUCGGAGAUGAUUGGUCCCAGAGGCUCAAUGAGUCCCUUGGAUCGCGAAGUCGCGGCGUUGCGCACUCGAGCUUCUCUGGCUGACAGCGAACGCCGUCGUUUUAAGGAGGAAAAGAAAUGGGCCAUUGAGCAGGGUAACACGGCUCUUGCGUCACAGCUUAGCUGGCAAGUAAAGCGUUAUUCUACGCUUAUGAAGAGCUUCCAUCGCGAGGCUGAUACGAAGCUAAUAGAAUCGACUCUGACCCGUACUCGUUUGCAAACAAUUGACGAACAAGAACCUCAUGCCUCGACCUCCGAAAGGCCCCCGCAACGGACAAGCGGAAAUCCAGAGCUUCCCAUUGUCAGUGUUGAUAUCGCACAAUCGAAAUCCGGUAUUCGUGUGAAUGUGCGAUAA